AUGGCGGACAGCAUUGUGGUUCGCUCAGCAUCAAGUGUUCAUAUACCCCAGAAAGUCACAAUGGAAUACCGAGAAGUUGAGGGUGUGCUAGAACCACUCCGUGUGAACACCUUGGUCAUUUCUGUGCAUCAUGCUCCUGGGGUGCCAUUAGAGCAGAUGAGGAAAGAGCUGAUGGACAAAGUUGUGAAAGAAGUGAUUCCAGCCAAAUACCUGGAUGCAAACACAAUCUACCACCUCCUGCCCAGUAAAGCAUUUUUGGAAGGGGGUCCUAAGAGUGAUGCUGGCCUGACUGGCAGAAAGAUAAUUGUGGAUACCUAUGGUGGCUGGGGAGCCCACGGUGGAGGAGCAUUUUCGGGGAAAGAUCCUUCCAAAGUGGAUCGUUCAGCAGCAUAUGCAGCUCGCUGGGUGGCAAAAUCUUUGGUGAAGGCAGGCUUGUGCAAGAGAGUUUUGGUCCAGCUGUCCUAUGCCAUUGGACUGAGUCACCCUCUGGCCAUCUCAGUGUUCCAUUAUGGUACUUCAGACAGAUCUGAAGAUGAGCUGCUUGAUAUCAUUCAAAAGAAUUUUGAUCUUCGCCUUGGGCCUAUCAUAAGGGAACUAAACUUGAAGAGUCCUAUUUACCAACAGACAGCGUGCUAUGGACAUUUUGGAAGAGAAGAAUUCACAUGGGAACAACCCAAGACGCUGGUUUAUUAGAGCUGCCUUGGCGCCAAGGUGCCAAUCACACCUGAUCUUCCAGAAAAACAAACUGUGAAAUUAGCUACUGCAUAUAAAACGUUCUGUAAGUCUUUAAAGUAUUUUUAAAGUAUAAAAAAAAACAG